AAAAAGUGUGUGUGAGUAUCGGCUCUCUGUGCGUAUGUAUGAGAGAGAGAGAGGGCGUGUGUGAAUACUUUAGGUUCUCCCUCAAACGCCGCCGAUUGCAUUCUUCUCUUGACGGGCGGCGAGAGGAGAACGUCGAAGCGAGAGGCAAGGAGAGCAAGAGAGAGAUUAAGGCUGAAACUUCUCUGCAGACGCUCCUGAACAGACUCCUCCAUGCCCGAGCCGGGAGCUGCUCCGCGGCGAAGUCCGCAGGGAGUCCCCUACUCUGACCUGCCGCACAUCGUCAACGCAGACGGAUUGCACCUGUUCUGCCGCUACUGGGAACCCACCGGUCAGCCAAGGGCUCUGGUAUUUAUUGCCCAUGGAGCUGGGGAACAUUGUGGCCCAUAUGAUGAGAUGGCACAGAGACUGAAAGAACUCUCCUUGCUGGUAUUUGCACACGACCACGUUGGCCAUGGCCAGAGCGAAGGUGACAGGAUGAACAUUAAGGACUUUCAGAUUUAUAUCAGAGACUCCUUCAGCACAUUGACCUGAUGAAGUCUCGCCACCCUGACCUACCUGUAUUUAUUGUAGGCCACUCCAUG